AUGUUCGCCGCGUUCGCCGCCUCCACCAAGAAGGUGGAUCUGGAUGCCAUUGCCACGACGCGGAGUGUGUUCGACGAUGCCAACCUGGCGCCCUACUACUGGCCGCAUCCCCAGUACGAGAACCUGCACCGCUUCGACCCGGCGGCGCGGUGGACGCACCGGGAGGAGCGCGCCGUGCGGCGCAAGACGGACAUCAAGAUCUUUCUCUGGAUCCUGGUCAUGUUCUUCGGCCUCAACCUGGACCGGGGCAACCUGGGCAACGCGUCGGCGGAUAACCUGCUGCCGGACCUCGGCAUCAACACCAACGACUACAACAACGCCCAGAACAUGUAUCGCAUCGGCUUCCUCAUCUCCGAGAUCCCCUCGCAGAUGAUCGGCAAACGGUUGGGCCCGGACCGCUGGAUCCCCGUCCAGAUCAUCCUCUGGAGUCUGGCCUCGGGCGGCCAGUUCUUCAUGACCAACCGCGCCGGCUUCUUCGCCUGUCGCUUCUUCAUCGGCCUCUUCAUGGGCGGCUUCAUCCCCGACGCCAUCCUCUACCUCUCCUACUUUUACACCAAGUCCGAGAUGCCCCUGCGCCUGGCCUUCUUCUGGUUCGUCGACUCCCUCUCCGGCGUCAUCGCCUCCUUCAUCGCCUAUGGCGUGCUGCACAUGCGCGGCGUCCAGGGCCGCGCCGGCUGGCGCUGGCUGUUCCUCAUCGAGGCCCUCAUCAGCAUCGUCAUCGGGCUCGGCAGCUUUCUCUUCCUCGUGCCCGGGCCAACUCAGACGGCCACCUGGUGGAAUCCCCGCGGCUACUUCACCGAGCGCGAGGAGACCAUCAUCGUCACCCGCGUGCUGCGCGACGACCCCUCCAAGGGCGACAUGCACAACCGGCAGGCCCUGAGCCUGGGCAUGCUGUGGCAGAGUCUGCGCGACUAUGAUCUCUGGCCCAUCUACGUCAUCGGCAUGCUGUUCGAGAUCCCCACCUCGCCGCCGAAAUCGUAUCUCAGCCUGUCCCUCCGCGCCAUCGGCUUCUCCACCUUCCAGACCACCCUGCUGGGCAUCCCCGUCACCGUCUUCGCCGCCAUCAACCUGCUGCUGGUCACCGAGCUCUCCGAGCGCCUGCGCCAGAUCUGCGCCGUGGGCAUCCUCACGCAGCUGUGGUCGCUGCCCCUGCUCAUCGUCCUCUUCCGGCACGCCAGCACCCUCUCCCACUGGGGCCUGUACGCCGUCACCUUCGUCCUGCUGGGCUGGCCCUCCCCCCACGCCGCGCACGUGGGCUGGUGCUCGCGUCUGAGCAACGCCGUGCGCACGCGCGCCGUCAGUGCUGCCAUGUACAACAUCACCAUCCAGCUGUCCGGCAUCGCCUCGUCCAACAUCUACCGCAGUGACGACAAGCCCUACUACCACCGCGGCGACGGGCAGCUCAUUGCCAUCAACGUGGCCACCAUCGUGGCCUACGUGCUGGCCAAGGCGUACUAUGUGGCCCGGAACCGCUGGAAGCGCAACCGGUGGGAGGCGAUGUCGGCCGAGGAGAAGGUGGAGUAUCUGGCCACCACCACCGAUCAGGGGAACAAGCGUCUGGAUUUCCUGUUUGAUAGUUAG